AUGACCGAUACACUCCGCUCGACUGUGCGAUUUCCGCCCCUUCGGCAGGCCCGAGGGACGGUGCUUAAUACUAUAAUGGAGGAUACGCGCGAAUCUCAUUUCGCUCAAACCAGUCCGAAAGGCUCAAUACCUUCCAGACUAACCCCGGCAGCUAUCAGCCCCAAGUUGAAGUUGCAGACCAGUGGGUUUUCAGUGCCAACACAUGCCCGGCUCGCACGCCUCAUGUCGCCCCUCUCAGCCGGGACUACUUCGUCGUGUUCAGAUACUGAAUGGCAGUCUCAGAUGCAAGGGUUUCAAGGAUAUGACGACUUUUACAAUGACACAGACUGCGACAGUAUUGACGACAAUGAGACCGACAUCAGCGAUUCGUGCUUUUCCCCCGACACACGGCCAUCGAGCUUGAUUACACCAAUUACUCGAAACUCGGUGACCUCAACUGGAAGUCAGAAGCUCUCUCUGACCCUCAAGAUCCCCGCAUCCACGAUGUGGCCGUCAAUGAAUGGGUCCCUCAAGGGCUCUCCAGUUCCGCCGACGCCUCCAGCCAAGAUUCCAGUCUCGCCAGCAGCGUUGUCAAUGCUCAGCCGUUCUGUACCUGCCUCAUAUGCCCCACCUUCACUUGAUGGUAGUAUGACUUCGGACCAGGAGUCUAUCAUUAGUGCACUGGCUACGCCAGACACUCAAUCUCUACCAGACACCAACUGGGAUGCCCAUGAUAUACACGUUCGCCGAGAUAUGGACGGAAGUGAAAGUGACUUAGACAAUGGCGAUGCCAGCUCAGACAUUCAAACUGUCCCCAUUGCCAUCGAGACGGAGCAUGAAGACUGGCGCCAUGUCUUGGGAAAUUUCCCCCGCAUUCCUACUGCUCAGGAAUACUCACCCUCGCUCUCUCCCACACCAUCCUUUCAUUUAAAUAACGAGCCAAUUCCCGAAUAUGAUGACUUGUACGACCCCCCGACGCCUAUGAACCGAGGCGCAUUUCAGCCUGACUCAGCACUGGCAAUGCUGCACCACACUCACUUGAAUGAAACACCCGACUCCUGUUCGGAGACCUCUGAAGAUCAUGGCGAGAUGUGGCAACUCCAGCCGCCUCCCACCCGCCCGAGGAGUGCUGACGGGGUCACCCCUGCGUCUGAACUGUCUGGAUACAGUUUCACAGACCUGAGCAUCCCCUCUCCCGGGGGCUUCUUUGCCUCUCUGGCGCCCCGUGCGCGCCACACUUGGGCAAUCCCCAACACCACUUACCAGCCAACGUCGGCAGCCGCAGAGGGCUUCUACAAUCUUCCUUGGCGUCGAGAUGAAGGAGAGAUUGUUGAGCAGGUAGUUGAGUGGCCUGAGCGCUCUGUUGACGAUGCUCCAGUCACAGCGGUUCGUGACGAAGAGGCCCCGCUUACUGCCAUCCGACUCCCCUGUGAUACACCCACUCGUCGAUCUAUCUACCAAGAUAGCCCCAUGAGUGCUGCCUUUGACGCAGUUCAGGUCCAGGAGAUCCCUCGCUCUGGGAACGGAUAUGAGUACGACGAGUGCUACGACCAAGAGCUACAGGAACGUGCAGUUGCGAGCCACGACCGCACCAGUAUCUGGCUUUCUGCUCAGGCAUCUUACCUCUCUGCGCUCAAUGAGACAAACCCCGUGAAUGAUAUUGAGCCUAUUGAGCCUAUUGAGUCGGCCGAGGAGUCUGUUAACGUCGAGGCUGAAGUCGAAGACACCACGGAAGAUUCUUCGAAGAAGAUGGUGCGAUUCGCCGAAGGUGUUCCCGAGUCCCUCAGUCCUCUACCCCCGUUCCUUGCUAGCAAGGACUCAAUCUACUGGCAAGGCUUCCAGUCUAUUCGGGCACGGUCAACCAAGACUGACGGAUUCAUGCACCGCACCAUGCGCUACGAUGCUGUCCAAUCCAUGCGUCUCGCGAUGACUGAUUUGCACAUCAACUGCUUGCUGGGCAAGUAUGAGCUUGUUCGUCCCGAGCGCCCUGCUUACAAGGGUCCUUUCGCCAAGGCACCUCGCAACUCAGUGAUUACCGCCGAGCUAGCCGAGAAGGCCCAAUUUGACAAGGUGGAGAAAGAGCAGCUAGUUCUUGCUCAGCUCUCCCAGCCCAUGUGGGCCAUGGAUGCUCUCCGAUCCCUCAACGGUGGCAACCUGCUCACAAGCCCCGCUCAGCGCAUGCUUGUGCGAGCCUCAUCUAAGCCCAAGGCCCCACAGGGACAACGUAAGCGCAGCCUCCGCAUUCUGGACCUCGGUGGUCACUCUUCCUGCGACUGGGCUUGGCAGGCCGCGUACGAGUUCCCAAAUGUCAAGGUUUACACUGUCACCUCCAAGGGUCAGACCGUAAACAGCGCCAUCAAAGGCCCUCCCAAUCACCGCCAGGUGACCGUAGCCAACCUCUGGGAGUUGCCAUUUGGCAACAACCAGUUCGAUGUCAUCUCCGCCCGCUCCUUGCACGCACUGCUCAAGACCGAAUGUCCCGCAGGCAGGGAUCGUGAUGAGUACGACCUCGUUCUGAAGGAAUGCAUGCGAUGCCUCAAGCCAGGCGGCUACCUCGAGUUCCAAGUUCUUGAUGCCGAGAUCUCGCGGGCGGGGACGUACGGCAACACAGCGUCAGUGGAGUUCGCCUUCAAUUUGCGCAAGCGCGGGUAUGACCCACUGGCGUCCAAGAGCUUCGUCGGUCGUCUCCGCAACAGCGGAUUCGUUGAUACCCAGCGCGCCUGGAUGUUCCUACCCAUGGGCACCGAGCCUGUCGAGCAGGAGCCGCUGCGCGAGACUCCUGCACCACGUGUGCAGAGCCAAAUUGAAGAUUAUGAGGCGGUGCAGGGGCCAAUUGGUAGCACGGCGGAUAUUGCCAGUAUGACUGGGCUGAUUGGAGGAUGGAUGUGGGAGCAGUGGUUACUGAAAUUGCGAGUAGAGAUGGGUCGUGAGCGGUCCAUGUUGCUUGAGGGUCUUGGUGCGCUGUUUGAUGAAGGGAGGAAGAGUGGCGCGGGCUGGACCUGUCUGUCUGGAUGGGCUAUGAAGCCGAAGAGGAGCGUCUCUUUGGCUUCGUCUGUCUAG